AUGUCGUCUUCCGCUGCUAACCCUAGCGCCGUUGCGACGAUCGCCGCCGCCGCCGCGUCGCUCCCUGUCGCCUCGACCAUGUCCACGACACCCAGGAUGGAUUCCUCGUCGUCUUACCCGCUCGUGUCGCCGUUUCUCGUGGCGCUUCUUGUCGGGCAACCGCCGCCGCCGCUUGCUCCCUCGCCAAUCUCCCCGAUGGGCGUGGGCUCGAUCACCUCGGGCGGAUCCCCGAUCGCCGCCUCUGUGAACGCGUGGCCCUAUGCCCCGCAGUUGCCGCCGGUUUCGGCGCCGCACCAGGCCCCCGCCUCGUCGCUGUUUCUGCCAUCGCAACAGGCCUCCGUCCUGUCGCCGUACUCCGCGACGCUCAUGGCCUCGCCUGGCUCGACGCCUUCGUCUCGUCACGACGGCUCGUCAUCCCUGGUGCCUCAUGGAGCCCCUGCCUCCACCCAUGGCGCUGGCUUUGCUGGCUAG